AAAUACUGAACCGUCUUGUUUAUUCCUUACUCCUCAAAGAAUAAAACAAAUAAAAAAUACUCCUAUUAUUUCGCCUCCCUUUAGUUAUUUCUCUCUCUCUCUCUUUCUCUCGGGGAUUACCUAAGAGCUACGGCUCGGCCCUAGAGACUCGGCCCUACCAUCAGCAUCAUCAGUAUCAUCGUCGUCAUUCAUCUUUACCCUUCCACCCACUACAUCCCUCCCCCAAAAGGAAGAACCACCACCCAUGUCCACCACCACCACCACCACCAAACUCGCGUCCCUAGCCCGCUGGGCGCGCCUGAAGAAGUACCGCAUCGAGGUGACCUACGGCGUGUACGUCUUCACGCCGGCUGAGAAGUUCGUCUUCUGGACCGUCUUCUGCCUGCUCUUCACCGCCAUCUCUUUCGCCGCCUUUCUUUUCACUCGCCGGAACGUCCUGCUGCUGGUCAGGUACUACGCUGCCUGGUAUGUCGGUGGCAACGGUGGCGGUGGCGGCAUCACUGGUGGUGCGAUCUCUUCAGGCAUGAUGCGCAACAGUGAUGCGUUGGGUGAGGGUGUGGCGUCGCUGGCCGAAAGGAUGGGGGGCGCGGCGAACUCGCAGGGGCCGUGAGGGCUCCGCUUCGCUAUUCGCCUACCUAUCUACCUAGGUCACUACGUAGGCAUG